CAAGAAUCAUAAUGGGAUUAUAGUUUAGAUUUAAAACACAAUGACUCACUAUCCUCCAUCACAAUAGAAUCCACGUUUUAAUCCAACAGAACAUAGACUACUGGCAAGUUUACUUGGUUUGCCAGUUAGAAACUUAAUAAGUCAUAAACUGUGAUAUGCUGGCUUUCAGGAAACGGUGAAGGUGCCGUUUGGGACGAAGUACCUGGACGCAGCCUUGUGUGUCCCUGCCUCCGUAAAAGAUGCCCACACGGCCGUGAUACUCACGCACGGUGCAGGGGGGGACAUGAACUUCAGACAGCUGCUUUCUCUGGCUCGCUCCCUGGCUUCACACUGCGUCCUCUGCCUCCGUUUCACCUGCAAAGGCUUAAACUUUGAGUACAGAAAAAGGGCUUAUCGUGCUGUGUGGGACUACUGGAAAAACCAGCAGAGGUUUACAGUAAAACACACAUUUCUUGGAGGCAGGUCCAUGGGAUGCCGUGUUGCUGCAGCCAUUGCCCGCCAGCUGAGUGAGGAAUCAGAGGAUGCAGUGCGGGGCGUCGUCUGCCUGUCUUUCCCCCUACACCCGCCCGGGCAGACGCACGCCCACCGUCAACGCAGUGAAGACCUCAGGAUGCUUCCCGAAUCCAUGCGUGUGCUGUUUGUGUCGGGCUCUGAGGACACGAUGUGUGACAGAGACAUUUUUAAAAGGACGCUAAAAGAGAUGAAAGCCGAGUAUGAGGUUUUCUGGCUGGAAGGAGGCAAUCAUGGACUGACGGCGAAAGGAAUGUCUGAGGAUUCAGUUCUGGAUGAGGUGAACUCAAAAGUCAUCUCCUGGAUUCAAGAAAAGCAAGCAUAGGUGUUUAUUUUUGUAUUUUCUGCUGUGGUUGUUAAAUAAAAUAUAAAACUGCA